GGAGCCUGUCGGCUGUGAGGUUAUAAAUACGCUGCAGCUGCUGAUAAUCGGACACCUUCCACGUCCCUUCAAUCGGCCUAACUUCCCCCCUCCACCAUCCACUGCGGCUGACAAAGCUGUGGCUCCCACCACGACUCUAACACUGGAGCUGUAAAUUUCACAACCGGGGUUCCGGUUUAAAGCACCGCAGAAAGCUAACCAGCCCGCACCAGUGUGAUCCUUUGCAACUGUCUCUGAAACAUCUCGUUUCGGAGAAAUUGCAGUCGGAAAGCCCACACAAACUUAUCGUUGCCGCAGCUCCCAAAACAAAUCGCCCAAAUCCAAGCAAAAUGGUGCAAAAUAAGAUCAGCGAAGUCACUGGAUUCCAUCGCUCUUUUAAGGGCCAAAAUCCUUUUGAAGCAGAUGACUUCACCAAAAAUGGAUCUCAUCUUAUAGAUUCAACAUUUGAUUUUGAUUCCUCCCCAAGGCAUGAUUUACCUUCCAGCCAGCCCAUUGAUAUACCAGAUGCCAAGAAGAGAAACAAGAAGAAGAAGCGUUGCAGGGCAACGGAUAGUUUCUCAGGACGUUUUGAAGAUGUAUACAGACUACAGGAUGAAGUACUGGGAGAAGGUGCCUAUGCCAGAGUGCAGACUUGCAUAAACCUUAUAACCAACAAAGAAUAUGCGGUCAAGAUAAUUGAAAAAAGGCCAGGCCAUAGCCGCAGUCGUGUCUUUCGGGAGGUCGAAAUGCUCUACCAAUGCCAGGGCCACAGUAACAUCCUGGAAUUGGUGGAGUUCUUUGAAGAGGAGGACAAAUUCUAUCUAGUGUUUGAAAAGCUCAGAGGAGGGUCAAUUUUGGCACACAUUCACAAGAGGCAGCACUUCAGUGAGCAAGAAGCCAGAGUUGUCGUGCAGGAUAUUGCCAGAGCUUUGGAUUUCCUGCAUAACAAGGGAAUGGCACACAGAGAUCUCAAACCUGAAAACAUCCUCUGUGAAAGUGCAGACAAGAUUUCACCUGUGAAGAUUUGUGACUUUGACUUGGGCAGUGGUAUCAAACUGAACAGUGAUAGUUCACCCAUCUCCACCCCUGAGCUUCUCACACCUUGCGGCUCAGCAGAGUACAUGGCACCUGAAGUGGUGGAGGCCUUCAGUGAGGAGGCCACCAUUUAUGAUAAGCGAUGUGAUCUCUGGAGCCUAGGAGUCAUCUUGUACAUCAUGCUUAGUGGUUACGCACCCUUUGUAGGCCACUGCGGGGGUGACUGUGGUUGGGAAUUGGGGGAACCCUGCCACAGAUGCCAGAACACACUCUUUGAAAGUAUUCAGGAAGCAAAGUAUGAGUUUCCUGACAAAGACUGGGCUCAUAUUGCCUCAAGUGCCAAAGACCUGAUAUCCAGACUACUGGUUCGGGAUGCCAAAAAUCGCCUUAGUGCUAGCCAGGUGCUACAGCACCCUUGGGUGCAGGGGGAUGCAUCUGAUACCUUGCCAACACUGGUUUUUCAUCAGAGAAGCAGCAACGCGAGGGAUCUGACCUUCUUUGCGGACAAGGCCAUGGCUGUGAACCGGCAGCUGGCCGAACAAGAUGGAAUGGAAGAGCAGCAGCAACAGCAGUUGGAGACCCCCUUUGUGGUCACUGCUACCGGGUCUUCCAUGCGCCUCUCGCCUCCUUCCAACUCGAAGCUGGCCAGGCGAAGGCAGCGCAACAGCCAGCCUAAGGGCGGCCCCGUCUCUGCUGCUGAACUCCGUCAGCUCCUGGCCCCUCUUGUUAUUGUGGGGGACUGUGCCUGAUUUUUUUUUUGGUUUUUUUUUUUGUCAACGUUGACCUCAGACCUUCUGCGAAGAUCGAAGACCUGCUCCUCUCCUUGCCUGUCUUUGACUCUAGCUGGCCUUGGUCCCUCGCCAUUCAGGCUCUUUCUGCCUCGCUGUAAGAGGAGACCACAGCUCUGUUUCUAAAUGCCUUUUGACCCUUUGCAGCACUUCCGAAGCACAUCAGCCCAGGGCCUGCCAAUACAGAUGCACGUCCAGGUUCUUUGGGGAGGCGGGUUAUGAAAGUCUUUUCUAAGUUAUGUCCCCACCCCACCCCCUUUAAUGUCACUUGUUUUAAACUUAACUCAGACACCAAAGGACAACCUGUCGUGCUGCUCUUAUGUUACAACUGGAUCCACUGUGAAUUAAGUUGUCUGGAAUGUUCUCUUUGCCUGUAUGUAUUUGCAUGAACAGUCAGUCUGCACAUACAUACAAGCUUAUGCAAUAUGCCAAGAUGAAGGUGUACAUACGGGGUUGGAAGAGCUGUAAGCCAAUGCUGUCUGUGCCUGGUGCAGUUAUUGUGUGGCUGGGGAUUCAUUAAAGCUGUUGAUUUUUGUUUCUUUAAAUUAAGAGAUUUGGAAUCAAUUUGGCUUGGUGGCAAUGCAGUUAAAGCUCCAAGAGCAAAGAAUGUCCGUAUACUGCCAGCCAUCAUGUAAUUUACGGUAAUAAGCUGAUUUAUACACUUUGGCUCGAUGCUAAAUGAUCAGUUGCCAUACUGUUCAGUGUCAACAUUUCUAAAACUCCCUCCCGGAAAAUGACUUGGUAUCCUUGAACAAUGUCUGGUAUGUUGCUCAGAAUAUACACCCCCCCCCCCCCCCUCUCCACCUAAAGAAUUUAUGAUGUCCCAUAGCCACACCCAGCGCUUAUGGUUUUUCAUUUUUGUAUUUUUUUUUUUCUAUUUUAAAUAUGCAAAUUAAUGUGUGCAUCAGCUAACCUUGAUAUUUUUGGCCAUGAAGGUUAGAAAAUCCCUCUAUUAAGGUAUGAAAAAGCACAAUUUGGACAAUAUGACCUCGUCAUUUAAUCGAGUAAUUGUUUGGACCAUCAGCAUUUUAAUGCAUUUUUUUUUUGAUGAGAUGUCCAUGACAUUGAAGAGGGAUUUUCCUAUAGACAAAAAAAAAAGGAAAAACAUUCCACAAAACAAAAACAACAAAAGUCUUCCAAAAAUGUCUAGCUGAAUUAUGUUUACUUUUUUUUUUUUCCAUGUUUAAUACUCCAUGUGAAUGUGCCACUUUUUUCAUUUUUUGUAUGGCUUUUCUACUCGGUGGUUGUCAUGGAGGUGCUGGAGUUAAGGUGGAGCAGCCAGCUGGUUUCCUUCAGUUAUGUUCUUAAGUUGUAUGAAAGUCUGCAGAAGUUUGAGUUGGGCUGGAGCGUUUGUUCCCGGAAAGUUAUGUUCUAUUAAUGUUCACGACUUGGCAAUAAUUGUUUUCUUUUGAUUGAAGUAAAAAUUCAUUGUGAGACUGUGAUAGGCGACGAAAAUGUGACGAUAUCUGUUUUUAAAAAGUGUUCAAGUCAUUACUGGCACAUUGAAGCGCAAUUCAUAAGCAGACGGGUGCUGAUGAUACCGUCAGCACUACAGUAAUGGUACUCUGGAAAUGGUUACCUUGUUAGUAAAGGAUACAUUCUGCUGAUAACAGGACACUGUAAUAGCUCUUGAAACCACCUACAAUGCAUCAUCAUGGGAUUUUAUGUCUUAUAAUAAGACUUGAAUUUAUUAUGCAGCUGUUUCUUCUCUAUUUGGGGAACUACUUUGCUAAAUCUUUAUGCAUUAAUCUGAUGGUUAAGGCAAAUUUGGGGGCUUUUAAAUGUCUAAUACAGUUCAGUAUUUUUUUUUUCCCUAGUCUCCUUCAAGAAUCAAAGUUUUGGACUAGGAUUGAAACUUGUGUUUGUGCGCGCAAAGAACCUAACACGAGAUCCUUACUGGUGUAAAUGAGAGUUCUGUGUCAUGAUCAUUUCGACUGUUUUGUGUAAUGGCAGUUAUAACACUGUUUAUGGGGGAAAGUUCUAUUCUAAGCCUCACUUUUGUUUUUGUCAUUUUGACGUAAAGAAGUGUUCAAUUUCAUUCAUGUGGAACAGUCAUCCUUUUCCAUAUUUUGAAUGUAGUCCACAGGCAAACAAUUUAGAGUCCAUCAACACUGAUCAAAAGCUUUUCAACAGAACUCCUCCAGUCUGAGGUAAACCAUCUUGCCUAAGGUGGAUGAAGUCCUUGAGCUGGGACUUCAGAGCCAUUGGCUGAUUUUAUACCAUCUUGAUAACCUCAGGAGGAUGAAGUUUCGGGGGGGAAAUGCAUCUUUAAACGUACAAAACAAUUUUGGAUUUAAGAUAAGCACUUUACUGUACCAUGUGAAUGAGUGCAGUUUACUCAAAGCAACAAUUAAACCAGUUGUUCCAGAA